AUGAGUUUGCCCUCCGAGGACAAGUUUGCACGUUUAAAUGUGUCAAGAACAGGAAUAUUUCUGCAGAAAGCCUGCUUGCAGCACCGUUAUAUACGUUCCAAGGACAACUCCAACAUCGUGGAGCGGCCUGAGCGCCUCCGCGCGGUACAUAUUGGUCUGGCAGCUGCUAUUGCUCAUUUGGAGGACGCCAUCGCGUCGUCCGGGGAUCCUUUGUCCAAGCCAGGUGCGACCCACGCGGCAAACACCACCCCUGACCCGGACGAACUGGCAUCGGCACUCGGAAAGUUGAAGCUUUCCUCCGCCAGCUCUCUGGCGGCCCAGGACCAAGCAUACCGCAUUCCUGUCAGUUUCGUGCAUAGCAGCGCUUCAGUAGAUAUUUUGGACAAUCCUGCGGUCAAAUUUAUACACGGCGACAUUGAACGCGAUGUUUAUUUGGAAGACUUGAAGACUUGGGCUCAAGACAGCCACGACAAGAUCGCGAAGGGAGAAAGUGAACUCCCAGACCACCUGCCUCAAGGCGAUUUGUAUUUGUGCCCGGCCUCGGUAGAUGCCAUUCAAGGUGCUCUAGGUACAGUCUGUGAAGCGGUCGACGCAAUUAUCAGUUCCGCAAGUCCUCCAUCAGCCCGGAAUCCCGAGCCUAUGGAUUUUACGCGUGCCUUUGUGGCCAUUCGUCCUCCAGGACAUCAUUGCGGGGAGGACACUCCUUUGGGCUUUUGUUUCGUGAAUAAUGUUGCAGUUGCAGCCGCGCACGCCCAUUUGAAGCACGGUAUUAACCGCGUCGUGAUCUUAGACAUCGAUUUGCACCAUGGAAAUGGCACACAGUCAAUAGCUUGGCAAAUCAACGAGGAAAGCUAUCGGAAAACUCUGGAAGAGUCGUACGUCUCUCCUUCCGGUGAAUCUAGCCUUCAAAUAUACUACGGAAGUAUACAUGAUAUACUAUCUUACCCUUGCGAGGACGGAAAAGUAGACCUUGUCCAAGCAGCUUCUGUCUCCAUACAUGGGUCACACGGCCAACAUAUUGAAAAUAUCCACCUCAAACCUUACAGUUCGGAGCGACAGUUUUGGGGGGAACUGUACGCGGGACCCUACGCCAAAUUAUUAGGUAGGGCUGGCAACUUCCUUGAUGGCACUGGGGGUCCCGGGAAUGACGUGCUGGUGUUCAUCAGUUGCGGCUUCGACGCGAGCGAGCAUGAGCAUGCCUCGAUGUCGCGGCACCAUCGACGCGUUCCUACUACCUUCUACCAGCGAUUCGCUCGGGACGCGGGAAAGUUCGCUGAGCGCUAUGCGCACGGCAGACUAGUCAGCGUCCUGGAAGGCGGUUACAGCGACAGGGCCUUGACAAGCGGGGCUAUGGCGCAUCUGACAGGGCUACUCAACCUGGAUGACAGCGAGAUCAAUCAAAACUGGUGGAGCCUGGACAGUUUAGUGCAGCUGGAGAGUGCUACCAAGAAGCGUCGAGCCGGCAGAGCAUCCCUUUCCAAGGCUACGGAACCGUGGCUGGAGCGUGCGCUCGAAAUCUUCGCAUCCAUCGACUCUUCUCAUUUACUUACGCCUUCGUCGUCGCGCGUACCUAUCCCGCUAUCAUCGCGAACACUGCGCGAGCGAAAGAAAGGCUCAAGCAGUGCCGAUCCGACGCCGGCGUCGUCACCCCCGAGGAAGAUGGGUCCGCGGAAAUCCGGUGGUGCCGACAAGAAAGACGCUGUGCCUUUCAUCUUGCCAGCGUCCGUCUCAGAGCCAGCUGAUCUCAAGAAAUAUGCAACGGCACCCGUUAAGUCCGACAGGAUUUCGGAGGAGAAGAAGCUCCCCCGGGUUAUUCUGCGCCUCGGACCACGCUCCGAUGCGCCUCUUAAUACUUGA